UGUUCCGGCGCCGGUGGGUGUACCAAGUGUUGCUGCUGCUGUUGCUGCGGUGGCUGUUGUGAGGGCAACAAGCGGCAACGACAACAACAACAACAACAACAUCAACAACAAGAGCAACAACAGCUCCAAAGGCGAAGCAGUGAUCCCCCGGGUCACUGUCGGCAGAGGCAACAGCAGCAGCGGUCCGCAUCGUCUUCGUCCGUGGGUGGUGGUGGUGGUAGAAUCUGUUGUGGUGGCAGGCAACAGCGGAAGAGCCGCAGUGGCAACGGUACCGGGACCGGUACUAUGGAGACAACCCAUCUGGUGACAGAGUUCAUUACGCACACCGGAGCCAACACGCAGGACGCCGUCAGCUGUCUGAAGUCGUGGGAGUGGGAUCUCAAGAAGGCGCUCAUCGACUAUAAUGGCAAAAAGCUCGAACGGGGCAUCUCGCGUGCUACGGAAAAUGUGAACCUGGUGUCCCGGGCCCGGCAAGAGUUCGAGAUGGACUUCCACACCCAGUGCCACGAGCAGAACGAGAAAAAUCUCAACUUUAUCGACACGCCCGACUACACUUUCACGCUGCCCGAUCUGACCAAGUACACGGAGGAGUUCCGGAAAUUUCUCGAAAAGGAUCUGGUUGAUACGUCGACACUCAACUCGCUGGAGGCGACCAAUCGCCUGAACUGGUGGUACGACUCCGGGGUGUGUCGGAAGCUAUGGCCGUUAACAACAGCAGGUGAUGGCAACUGCCUGCUGCACGCGGCUUCCCUGGCCAUGUGGGGCUUCCACGAUCGGCGCCUUACGCUGCGGCGAGCCUUGCAUGACAUCCUCUCGAAGGAGGAUUUCCGGGACGCUCUCUACCGGAGGUGGCGCUUCCAGCAGACCCGCGUCAACAAACAGGCCGGGUUUGUAUUCUGCGAAACCGAGUGGGCCAAAGAGUGGGAGGAGUUGGUGGCGAUCGCGUCGCCGGAACCGCGAAGGAAUUCCAAGAGUGUGUCCCGGCGGAGAUCGUUGCUGAUGGAGAAGAGCUUCGAUGGGGGCGGUUCGAUGGGUGGGGAUGAUGAGAAUGCGACGUACGAGAGUUUGGAGGAAAUACACGUGCUUGCGCUGGCGCAUAUUCUGCGAAGGACGAUCAUUGUGGUGUCGGAUGUGUUCCUGCGGGACAUGAACGGGGAAGCGUUCAGCCCGAUCCCAUUCGGAGGGGUCUAUCUGCCGUUCGAAGUGCCGUCGAACGAAUGCCACCGGACGCCGUUGCUGUUGGCGUACGAUAUGGCGCACUUUUCGGCACUGGUUGUCAUGGAGACAGCCGGAGAAUAUCCGCCGGCGUUGAUACCGUUGGUGGAUGCCAGUAAUCAGCUGUUACCGAUACAGUUCUGCAUAGAUCCGGGGGUCGACUUCGAUUGGCGGGAGUAUGACGGAAGUGACGGGAAUUGGGUGCUGACGGACCGGGAGCACGUGGCGCUACUGAAGGAGUACUUGGACAUUGUCUACGCGCCGAUGGCGGACAGUCCGGAUGAUGACAUCUACGACGACUACUCAGACGAAGAGUACGAGAAAAAGAUUGCCGACGGGGAGAUUGUGUUUUCCGAUGAGAAUCAUAACAACGGCACGAGUAAUCCGAAUUUAGCGGCCAUGACGGCUUCUAAUCAGUCGCUUCCUCCGUAUCAAUCCGGAUCGAGCGGUGGCUCCGGUGGAGGCAAGAGUAAGGCAGCCAAGCAGUUGCAAAUUGUGGCGAAGCAGUUCGGUAGUAUCGGGAAGACGGUGAGCAAAAAGCUAAAAAAGAACAUUGGGUCUAUUACGAGGAUCGGUAGCAAGAGUGGUCAGCAUAAAAAGUCAAGCAUUUCAUCGGAUAAGUCGGCACGGGGGGAGUUUACCAAGUUCCGAAUACUGUGCGCCACGUUGAAAGCGCGACGACACGAGUACCAGGAGGAGAUGGUUAAAAACUAUCUGGAAUGUGCCCACGAGCGAUAUCUGGAAAUGGAGCGGGCGCGGGAGCGGAAGGAACUGGAGAAGUACAGCAAAUAUGGCGAUUCCGGACAGGAUGUGUGCGAUUAUGCUGGUACGGAUAACGGGACGGACAUAAUGAACUGCAUUAACGCAGGUUGUCUCAACUACGGUACUGUAGACACCAGCUACAUGUGCCAAGAAUGUUACGAAACCCAGCGGAAGCGAGAAUCUCAAUCCUGCAAUCCGAACGACUACAUGCCCCGCUAUGGAACCGGUAAGUCCAAGUUCUACACCCAAGCAGAUAUCGAAAGCCACGAUCGCAUUCAGCGGUUACCUUCCGUGCGGCGGCUGACCGAGAUGGACCAAACCCUGUAUCUGUCACACUCGACCUUCUACAAUGAUAAGCGAGCAAUCGGCAGCAGUGCUGCGAUACCUUCUUCCAUCUACCGGCACGGCUUCAGUCCAACGGAAAGUUCCAAACCCAAAGCCAACGUCAGCCACUCGCCGGACUAUUCCAACUGUGCCAAACAGGCGUCGACGGCCAUAUCGGGCGGGAUCGUCGCAACGGUUUACUCGCCCGGCAGCACGAUCCAGAACCGCAGCACCAGCAACAACAUCAUUAACAAAACGUCGCAACCGGCUACGGCGGGGAUGUGCGUUUCGCUUCCGCCACCGGUGGCCAGUCCGGUACCGCAGCAACAUCACCAUCAUCCGUCGUCUUCGACGCCGACGUCCUCCGGGAUGUCGUCGUCUUCGUCGUCCGGUUCGAACGCGUCGGACUCGGCGCUCCGGCAACAGCAGCAUCAUCAACAGCAGCAACAACCUUCUGGAGGAGGAGGAGGAGUGAUCAACAGUAGCCAUUACGGGAAAAAUCAAAAGUGCCGAACCGAGGGCUGCCGGUACUACGGCAGCAUCAACACGAACUUCUACUGUUCCAAGUGCUGCCAGGAGUGCAACAUCUGAAUGAGCUGAACCGCGUGUAAAUAUAGUUGGCGUAGAUUCUGCGACCUCCCCCACUUCCCCAGAACACUAGAGAUAAAGGUAAGACAGAGAGUUGUUAUUCUUCUAUACAUUUACAUUACAUACAUACGAACGAUGAAACAGCAUAAGUCACGCAUAUUGCUCUGAAUGCUAUAAAAUAAUGUAGUAACUAUCAUACCAGUUUUACGUAUGUACGAAUUCGUUUUCAAAUCACACAGGCAGGCAGUUUAUACUGAGCGAAAUCGAAAUGACAUCACCCAGUUCUCUAUUGUUUUCUAAGAGACGUUGGUCCAAUUUAGUAUAUUCUAAAACUAUAUUUUCAAACCUAAAGUUUUAAAAUCAAUUACAAAGUACAGGUUUUCUUUUUAAGAGUUUGACAAACAUUUUGGAAAUCCCAGUGGAAUUUCGAGUGCUGAAAAAGGACCAGCAAACACCUCCGGCAUACAUACAUGUGCUUAAAUAAUAUGUAUAACCCUUAUUAGAUUCGCCGGAAGACCACGUUCUGACAUUUUCUGAAUUGUACGCUGCAUUUAAAUCAAUAAAGAGUACAAGUUAUACUCCCAAGAGUCUUUCAGGCACGCGUAUUCGUGCAUAAUCUGCCAUAACUGAUCUCGAUCGAUUGUAUCAUACGCCGAUUUGAAAUCGAUGAACAAGUGAUGCGUGGGCGGCACGUUGCAUUCGCGACAUUUCUGCAACACCUGGCGGAUGGCAAACAUCUGGUCCUGGUCCGUUGUAGCGCGUUUCAUUCCUCUAUGGGUUUCAUCAGACAUUCCUCCAGGAAUUCCUCCGGGAGAGGUUUCUUCAGUGAUUAUUCCAGUGCAUUUUUCAAGGAUUCCUCCAGGGAUUUCCAAAGUAAUGUCAACAGAAAUUCUUUUAGGUAUUUCUGCAAGUGUUCCUUCAGUGAUUUCUUCAAAGAUAUCUCAGGGAGAUGUCUCCAUUUCUAGAUUUCUCCAUAUAUUUCUUCGAGAAUUCCACAAGAGAUUGAUCCAAUAAUUCAAUCUGGAAUAAUUCCAAGUAUUUCAGCAGGAAUAUCUUCCAGAAACACUGACAAGUAAUUUUACCAGAGAUUAGCUUAAAAUUAAUCCAAAGGUUCCAACAAUAAUUCGUCUAAAAAUUGUUCAAAUUGUUUUCCUACAGAAAUUCUUCCAGUAAUUUGUUAAUACUAAGGAAUUCCUCAUGGGUUUGCUUCCGGGAUUCCGGGAAUAUGUUCUGUGUUUCUUUCAGGAACAACUCCAGGGAUUUUUUUAAAAAAUCCUCCGGAAAUUCCCCCAACAACACAGAAUUCCUUCAGGAGUUCUCUUCUCUUGGAAUUCUUUCAGGAACUCCUCUAGGAAUUAAUUCAAAACCUUCUCCAGGGACUGUUAAGGGAAUCAAUGGACUUGCUUCCAGGAUUCCUCCUGGGGUUUCUUCAGGAACUCCUGCAGGGAUUCCUUCAGGAAAUGCUACAGGGAUUUCUUAAGGAGUUCCUCCACGAACUAUUCUUAGAAUUCCUUCAGGAUUUCUCCAAGGAUUCCACCAGCAAUUUCUUCCACGAAUUUCUUUCAGAGAUUCCAUCAGGAAAUAUUCCAGGGAUUCCUCCGGGAAUUGCUGCAGGGAUUCCCGUAAAAAAACAUCCAGGGUUUCCUUCAGAAAUGCCUCUAGAGAUUCCUCAAGAAAUUCCUCGAAGAAUUCGUUUAUAAAUUCCUCCAGGAGUAUUUCUAGAGACUCCUCCUUUAAUCCCUACAUUCAUUCUAUUAGGAUAUCCUCCAGGGAUUCCUCUAAAAAAUUUUGCAGGGCUUAACUCGGGAAUUCCUUCUGUUAUUCUUUCUGGAACAACUGAUUUAAAAAAAAAAUCCUCCAAAGAUUCUCCCAGGAACUCUUCUUAGGAUUCCUUCAGGAAUUCCUCCUUGUAUUUUUAAGGAACUCCGCCAGUAUUUAAUUCAACACUUCCUCCAGGAACUGUUCAGUACUGUUCCCUCAGUAUUUCCUCUUGAAAUUGCUUCCGAGAUUCCUUCUGGGGUUUCUUCAGGAACUCUUUUCUCUGGAAUUUGUCCAAUAAUUCCACCUGUUAUUUCUUCAGGAAUUAUUUCUGGCAUUCCAUUACAAAUUCCUCAAGAGAUUCAUCCACGAAUUUCUUCAGGAAUUCCUCUAGGAAUUUUUCCAUGGAUUCCUCUGGGAAUUCUUGCAGGGAUUUGUCUAAAAAUUUCUCAAGGAAUUAAACUAGAAAUUCCUCCAGAAAUUUCGCUAGAAAUUCCUCUAGAGGCUUCUCCAGGACUUCCUCUGAAGAUUAUUUUAGAAAUUCCUUCAGGCAUUCCUCUAGGAUAUACUCCAGGAAUCCUUCCAAGAAUUCCUACAAGACUCAUCCAGGAUUUCCACAAUGCAUUUCUUCAGUACUUCCUUCAGGCAUUCCUCCAGAGAUUCCUCCAGUAAUUGCUUCCGGGUUUCACCCAAAUAUUCCAUCAGAAAUUCCUGCAAAAAAUUAUCCAGGAAUUCUUUAACGGAUUCCUCAAAAAUAAAAAAAAACUCCAGAUACUCCUACAGGAAUUCCUCCAAGGAUUUCUCCAUGAAUUACUUCAGGGAAUCCUCCAAGAAUUCCACCAGGAAUUCUCCUAGGCAUUCUUCCAGGAAAUUUUCCAGUCAUUCUUUCAGGGAUUCCUCCUUAGAUUCUUGCAGAGAUUUCUCCAGGAAUUUCUUCAGGGAUUCAUCAAGGAAUUUCACCAAGAAUUAAUCAAGGAAUUCUAUCAUAAAUUGUGUCAGCAAAUCAUCCAGGGAUUUCUUCAGGAAAUCCUUCAAGGAUUCCUUCAGAAAUUCUUUCAGAAAUUUCUCUAGGAAUACCUUCUUUAAUUUUCACCAGAAUUCCUCCAAGAAAUUUUCCAGGUUCUCCUCCAGGAAUUGCGCCAGGAGUUCCGCUAAAAGUUCAGACAUUUUUUCCAGAUCUCCUCUUGAGACUUCCCCAGAAAUUCAUCCAGUAAUUGUUGCAAAAAUUCCUCCAGAUAUUCCUACAGGAAUUUCUUCAAGGAUUCCUCCAGCAAUUUCCAAAGGAAAACCUCCAGGAAUUCCUCCAGAAUUUCAUUCAGAAAUUUCUCAAGGAACUCCUCCAGGAAUUACUCCAAGAAUUUCUUCAGGAAUUCCUCCAGCAAUUUGUCUAGAAAUUGAUCAAGGAACCGCUCCUGGACAUCCUUCAGAAAUCAUGUCAACAAUGUCUCCAGGAUUUUUUCAGAAAAUCUUCUGAGGAUUUUUUCAGACAUUCUUCCAGGAAACUCUCGGGAGCUUUUCAGGGAUUUCUCCGGGAAUUUCUCCAGAGAUUCCUUCAUGAAUUGCUUCAGGGAGCAAUUCCUGGAGAAAAUCUCGAAGGAAUCCCCGAAAGAAUCCAUGGGGGAAUCCUUGAAGACAUUUGUAAAGAAGUCCCUGGAGGAAUCUUGAUAGAAAUUCCUGGAGGAAUACCCGGAGGAAUUCCUGAAAAUUUUUUAAGGUAUUCCCCCUGAAAUUUCCUGGAAGAAAUUCUGAAGAAAUCCCAAGAGGAUUUGCUGGAAAAAUCCUUAGAGGAACUGCUGUAGGAUUUCCUGGAAGAAUCUUCGAGGGUUUUCCUGGAGGAAACCCUGGAGAAAUUUACGGAGAAAUUUGUAGGAAAUUUCUGUAGGCAUUUGUAGUGUAAUUUCUGGAGGCAUUUCUGGAAAAAUCCUCGAAGGAAUUCCUGGGGGAAUCCUUGAAGAAAUUUGUGAAGAAAUCCCUGGAGGAAUUCCUACAGGAAUACCUGAAGAAAUCCCGAAGGUAUUCCUGAAGAAAUCCCUGAAAAAAUCCCGAAGGUAUUCCUGGAGAAUUUCCUGGAAGAAUUUCUGAAGAAAUCUCUAGAGAAUUUCCUGGAAGAAUCCUUAGAGAAACUGCUGGAGGAUUCCUGGAAAAUUCAUGGAGAAAUCUCUGCAGGAAUCCCUGAAGCAAUUGCUGAUGGAAUCUCAGGAGAAUUUCCUGGAGAAAUGCCUUAAGGAACUCCCGACAUAAUUUUUUGAAGAAUGUCCAGGAAGGAUUCUUGGAGGAAUUUCUGAAGAAAUUCUUGGGGUAAUUCCUGGAGGAAUUCCUGGAGGAGUUCCUGGAGAAAUUCCAGGAUAAAAUCCUGAAGGUAUGCCUGAAAGAAUUGCUAGAGGUAUUCCUGUGGGAAUUGCUGGAGGAAUCAAUGAUGGAUGUUCUGGAGAAAUCACUACAGGAAUUCUUUAAAGAAUUACUGGAUGAAUUUCUAGAGGAAUUCUGGGAGAUUUCUAUUCUUUUAUUUAUCUAUUUCUGAAAAAAAAAUCCUUGAGAAAACCCUGGAGGAAUUCCUAAUGGAAUUUACGGAGAAAUUCCUGGAGAAAUCCUCGAAGGAAUCCCCGAAAGAAUCCGCGGGGGAGUCCUUGAAGACAUUUGUAAAGAAGUCCCUGGAGGAAUCUUGAUAGAAAUACCUGGAGGAAUACCCGGAGGAAUUCCUGAAAAAUUCCUUAAGGUAUUCCCCCUGAAAUUUCCUGGAAGAAAUUCCGAAGAAAUCCCAAGAGAAUUUGCUGGAAAAAUCCUUAGAGGAACUGCUGGAGGAUUUCCUGGAAGAAUCUUCAAGGGUUUUCCUGGAGGAAACCCUGGAGAACUGUACGGAGAAAUUUGUAGGAAAUUUCUGUAGGCAUUUGUAGUGGAAUUUCUGGAGGUAUUUCUGGAGAAAUCCCCGAAGGAAUUCCUGGGGGAAUCCUUGAAGAAAUUUGUGAAGAAAUCCCUGGAGGAAUCUCUGGAGGAAUUCCUGCAGGAAUACCUGAAGAAAUCCCCGAAAAAAUCCCGAAGGUAUUCCUGGAGAAUUUCCUGGAAGAAUUUCUGAAGAAAUCCCUAGAGAAUUUCCUGGAAGAAUCCUUAGAGAAACUGCUGGAGGAUUUCCUGGAAGAAUCCCUGGGAAAAUCCCUGGAGAAAUUCAUGGAGAAAUCUCUGCAGGAAUCCCUGAAGCAAUUGGUGAUGGAAUCUCAGGAGAAAUUCCUGGAGAAAUGCCUAAAGGAAUUCCUGACAUAAUUUUUUGAAGAAUGUCCAGGAGGGAUUCCUGGAGGAAUUUCUGAAGAAAUUCCUGGGGUAAUUCCUGGAGGAAUUCCUGGAGGAGUUCCUGGAGAAAUUCCAGGAUAAAAUCCUGGAGGUAUGCCUGAAAGAAUUCCUAGAGGUAUUCCUAUGGGAAUUGCUGGAGGAAUCAAUGAUGGAUUUCCUGGAGGAAUCGCUACAGGAAUUCUUGAAAGAAUUACUGGAUGAAUUUCUAGAGGAAUUCUGGGAGAUUUCUAUUCUAUUAUUUAUCUAUUUCUGAAAAAAAAAAAUCCUCGAGAAAAUCCUGAGGAAUUCCUAGUGGAAUCUACGGAGGAAUUCCUGCAGAAAUCCUCGAAGGAAUCCCCGAAAGAAUUCGUGGGGGAAUCCUUGAAGACAUUUGUAAAAAACUCCCUGGAGGAAUCCACUGAGUGGAUAACUGACACCGAGGAAGAUUACAAGUGGUAGUCGAAAUACGCGUAUCUGUCAAAGGAUGAGCAAUUAGGGCGAAAGGUACGAAACUGAUAACACUCAUUCGAAGACGGUAUUCUGCUUAGAGGGUUCGCGAAGUCGGUACAAGAUCACAAUUGAGCUCAAAUUUUGAUCGUAGCUUCUGGGAGUUCAAAAUAGAUUCAGGCUUUGCAUUUUUCAAGUUUUAUGCUUUUUGUACAAGUGCUAAUCCAGAGGGAGCCCUGACUUAUAUCAUGAAAUCGUUCGUUCCAUGCAGCCAAAAUUAAACAAGGUGGUGAUGUUUUCAUUUCGCUCAGUUGAUAGUUCCAUCGCGUAACAUGCUUAUUUCAUUGUUAAACACUACACUGUAAAAAAAAACAUUAGGAAGUUGUUGCGAUCAGUCGACCGGGCAUUUGAUUCAUAUCUAGAUUAGGUUCAGUCGUUUGUUACACCGUUUGUUGACUUGUUUUCACUGAAGAUUUAUCUCUGUUAGCAGCUGCCCGAGGAUUUCGAUUGAGUGCUGCAGUAGAUUCCAGAACUGACGCAGAAGUAAUUACCACUGUGCAGAAAUACUUGUUUUUAGGCGGACUUCAUUGCAUUUUGACAUUGUUAAGUUUUAGGGAGAUGCAGACGAAUUUUCAGGAACACUGUUUUUCAGGAAGAGAGAAAUAGAUCGAUUUAUUCAAAGGUUGCCGUACACUUACAUAAGGUUAUCUAGAUUGAACUGACGUAUCCAAGCUUGUAUUUAUAACAAACAGAAUUAUAGUAGAACAACUUCGAGUCGAAUGACUGUAGAUUUCGAUGUUUAUAUUCUUCGCAAAUGAAAUAUUCAAGGUUCACACUAGAAGGAUCUCGAAUGUGAGACUUCCGUCUUCCAGAUUCCUCGUAUCCCGUAAUUUUCUCUCAAGAUUCCCAUAUCGCUCCUUUCUCCAUUUUUAUUGACUGAUGAUUCGAAUCAUGCGAAAACUUCAGUUGCCGAAGACCGUAUCGUGGCAGGCGUCAGUACCGUACAUUGCCUCUUAAGAAAACUAUAUAUGUCCACAGUUGCUUAUUACUGUACGGAAUCAUGAUCGAAGUUCAAAUGCAUAAACAUGAUUCGUAUAUUUUCCAACUGCGGUGACGUUCUUCCUUUGUAGAUCGAUCUGUUUGUCGUCUCUUCUAUCAAAAACAUCUCAGAAAACAGUUUCGUUAUUUUCAUUCUAUCAACUCGACGGUUUUCAACUCUGCUAAUCGUGUAACCGCAUACAGGAAUGAAUGUGAAAACUUUUACUGGUUUCAACUAUUGAAAACUGAAAAAAAAACAUAUAAAAUCUGUGCUGAAGUAGUAUUUCCAUCCGUAACAGAGAAAAUAGUUAUUUUAUUGCUUUUGAUAGCACAGUAGCAGCAGAGCUGAUGUCGAUCAAGACGCUUCCACCAUCCCCAAAUUUAGCAUUGAUCAGCUUUCGUUUUUGCAAUCGUUGCAACUUACAUGAGUGAAGCGCGCAGCGAAAGCGUUCGGAAGAUGUACACAUAUCCAGAUAGAGAGCAGAAUUCAAACAUACACGAAGUAAAAAAAACGAAAACGCUUUAAUGCUUGAUAUGACGAGAAUCGAAUCGAAUUAACAAAAAAGCGAAAUCAGUAUACCAAAAAUAAGAGAGAAAGUAAAUUUAAGCGAAAGGAACAGAAGAAAUUCACAUUCAAAAGGAGAGUAUUUAAUAAUUGUUCAAUGCUUGUGACAAAUUGAGAGUGAACGCAGAAUACAAUGCAAAGCGUAAGCCAAAACAAAGAGAAAAAAAUGAAUCGUGAGAAAAUUAUGAUUUUUAAGUGUGCCUUUUACUUUUUAAUUUUUCAUGUGACGUAGUAAAGUAGCGUAAGUCGAAGUGGCAAUUGGGAAACGAUCGAGGCACAUCCACUAAUAGGAAACAUACUCACACAAUGCCAAAAACAAAACGGGGGUCAAGGCAAGAUGGCGUAACUGUUUUUCAUUUGAUUUCAUUUGCAUUUUCUUCCUAAUUUAAGUCAAAAAAGUAUUAAUCAAAACCAAAAAUUUACAUGAAAUUCUCGCACCCUUAAUUUGUACUUAAAAAUCAUUUAUCUCAGUUUCAAUCCAUCGUGUUAUUUCCCUAUCCUAGUCGAAGUUUGUUCCCAAUAGAGAAGCUCUGCAGUAGCAUCACAAUCUCUGAGUACCUGGUUUGGCAUAAUGCCGGGCGGCCUUAUGCCAAACGGGGUACUCCUCACAAAAUCACUCAUAUAUCCAUAGACGCUAUAAUCUAAUCAAUAAAUCCACUUCUAUAAUAAUCAUCACGAAUGGUUUAGUUCGAGAUUUCAUCUUCACCGGAUCAACCACUCGGAUUUAUCAAUAGUGAUCGAGAGAGUAAAACUUAAAUAAGAACUACAGAUACGAAACAGAAAAAAAAAACAAUACUACAACAUUUGUUACAGAAUCAAACACACUCACACGCGUACACCCAGAGUGCAGCCAGACAUACACUAACCGGAAAGAAGUUCUAUUUAAGCUUAUAUUAUUACCAUUUGAGCAAGAGUAAGUGAGGGAUCGAGAAACAGCAGAUGCCAUGCAUUGAAACCAAUUGUGAGAAGCCCCUCCCAUAUCCCAGUGAUGGAAAACUUCCCCUUCCCCAUGAAUCACUACUGUGUAACAAACUAAAACACCCAACAGAGAUCGGUAGAAUCGGACAAGUGUGAACAUGAGUGUGGAAAUGUUAACCUAAAUGAGAAAAUUGAAACGCAAAUUAUACAUACACUCUCUUUCUCUCAAUGACAGAACAAAACAGAAGAAAAAAAACAUAUAUAUUCUAUAUAUUUAUUCGUAUUCGAGAAGAGGCAAAAUGACAUACAGACAAACAGAAACACACACACUCACAAACACGCAAACGUGAUCGGAAUUUUGUCUGUGCGUGUAUAGAGAUGUAAGAUAUUAGGGAAGAGAGUGAGUGAUUAAGAGAAUGGUGAUGCAGGCAGGUGAUUAGGUGAUGAGAGGAAGCAGAUCAGAAACGGAACUCAUCAUUGUAUUGACUAAAACCAAAUAAAUAAAAGCGCGCGAUGAUUGCGAUGACGAUGUGAUAUUGAGUAAAGAUGAAAUUGUGA